AUGAUGUCCUUAGAUAUUUAAAAUGACUACUUAGAAUUUGCAUCAAUUUUGGAUGAUAAAUACUAUAUAAUUGAUACAAUUGGAUUUGGAAGAUAUGCAAAGUAAUGUGAAUUGAAUAACAAUAUAGAGUUAAGUUGGCAAUCGACAUGGAGGAUAAACAAAAAUAUGCAAUAAAAAUUAUGAAAACAGAUCCAACAACAAGUUAAUGUAGAUCUGAAACAUUUAUAAAUGAAAUUUCAACACAAGCUGAAUUUGAUCAUAAACACAUAAUUAGAAUAAUUUAUGUAUUUAUACUAUAUCAAACAUUCAUAGUGUAGAAUGAGUGGAAAUUAUAAAAAGAUAGAUGGAAGAGUAUAAUUAGUUUCUUAUUUUGUAAUGGAAUUAGCUAAUCAAGGAGAAUUAUUCUAAUUAUUAGAACAGACUUAGCAAUUUUCUGAAAAAUUUGCAAGAAAUAUUUUUUCAUAAUUAAUAAAAGGUAAAAAGCAUCCUUUAUUGCUAGCAUAGGAAUUGAGCAUCUGCAUGAACGCGGUGUUGUUCAUAGAGACGUUAAAGCUGAAAAUAUACUAUUUAGUAAUGGAGUACUUAAGCUGGCUGAUUUUGGAUUUAGUACUAAGACAAUAGAUGAGAAAGGAUCUAGAAUUUAAUUUGAAAUAUCUCAACAUAUUGGAUCUCCUGAAUACAAUCCACCAGAAUUAUAUAAUAUUGGUAAUUAAAAAGUAUUAUUAUAAUAUAGGAAAAUAAAAGUUUUAUAAUCCAGAGCAAGCUGACAUAUUUGCUGCUGGUGUAAUCUUAUUUACAAUGGUUAUCAGAUCUGCUCCUUUCAAAACAUCAAAAUCAAGUGAUCCUUACUAUUCUUUAUUAAAAAACAAUAAAUAAUCAUUCUGGAAGAUAUAUAGUGAGAUUGCUGAUUCAUCUGCUCAAUUUAAGGAUUUGAUUGAAAAAAUGUUGGAUGAGAAUCCAUAAAAGAGAAUUACAAUUGAAUAAAUUAAAUAACAUCCAUGGAUGUAAGGUAGUUAUUUAUUUUUAUUUGAAGGAUAAAUGCUUGGUUAAACAGAAUUUUAAAAAGAAUUAAAGAAUAGAUAUGAUAUGAUAUUUAGUUAAUAGAUAGUAAAAAUUACCAAUAAAAGAGACACAAAAUUUUCAACAAGAAAAUCAAUAAAAAAGGUUGAAACUGAAACAAUUAGUAAAACUAUCUCAAAAUGCUCAUAUGAAAAUCUUGAAUUGAUUGAUAUGGUAAUUUGUUGAUUUAUAUUAUAAGAUAAAUGCUAAGUUGUAGAUUAAAUGGAAUUCGCCAAAAGAAUAAUUUAAAUAAUAAUCAAAUAAGAGUGAAAAAUUAAAAGUAGGAAUCUAAUAAAAAUAAUAAAAUUUACACAGUUUAAGAACAAAUUAGGAUUCCAAAAGAUCAAGUCCUGGAUCACCUUCGAACGAUUCUGAUAAUUGA